AAACAGUUGUGGAAAUUGCUGUAGUUUAGCCUGUGGCGCUUAUGAUUAGAGUCAACAGUUUGAAAUGGCCAGCUCACCCGAUGCAGCCGUCUCUUCUCCACCAGCUUUCUUGAGGUCUGGCUCAGUUUAUGAACCUCUUAAAAGCAUCGAUCUUCCGAGACCUGAUAAUGAAACUCUGUGGAAUAAACUGGAUCAUUAUUACAAAAUUGUCAAGUCGACACUGCUGCUGUAUCAGAGCCCAACCACAGGCCUCUUUCCCACGAAAACCUGCGGAGGGGACCCGAAGGCCAAGAUCCAGGACAGCCUGUACUGCGCCGCGGCAGCCUGGGCCUUGGCCCUCGCGUACAGGCGCAUCGACGAUGACAAGGGGCGGGCCCACGAGCUGGAGCACUCGGCCGUGAAGUGCAUGAGAGGCGUUCUCUACUGCUACAUGCGUCAGGCCGAUAAGGUCCAGCAGUUCAAGCAGGACCCGCGGCCGGCGACGUGUCUGCACUCCAUUUUCCACGUGCACACGGGGGAUGAGCUCCUGUCCUACGAGGAGUACGGCCACCUCCAGAUCAACGCGGUGUCCCUGUACCUGCUCUACCUGGUGGAGAUGAUCUCCUCGGGCCUGCAGAUCGUCUACAACACGGACGAGGUCUCUUUUAUUCAAAACCUUGUCAAGUAUAAUAAUGGCAGCACAGAGCUACAUUCGAGCUCUGUUGGCUUAGCAAAAGCAGCUCUAGAAGCAAUUAAUGGAUUCAAUCUUUUCGGCAACCAGGGCUGUUCCUGGUCAGUCAUCUUCGUGGAUCUCGACGCUCACAACCGCAACAGGCAGACGCUGUGCUCUCUGCUCCCUCGAGAGUCCAGAUCUCACAACACAGAUGCCGCCCUGCUCCCCUGCAUCAGUUAUCCUGCAUUCGCCCUGGAUGACGAAGCUUUGUUUAACCAGACACUGGAUAAAGUGGUUAGAAAAUUAAAGGGAAAGUAUGGAUUUAAGCGUUUCUUGAGAGAUGGGUAUAGAACGGCGCUGGAAGAUCCCCACAGACGCUACUACAAACCAGCUGAAAUCAAGCUCUUUGACGGCAUUGAAUGUGAAUUCCCCAUAUUUUUUCUUUACAUGAUGAUCGACGGAGUUUUUAGAGGCAAUCCCAAGCAAGUAAAGGAAUAUCAGGAUCUCCUGACCCCCAUACUUCAUCAGACCACAGAAGGUUAUCCCGUGGUACCAAAGUACUAUUACGUGCCAGCUGAUUUUGUAGAAUUUGAGAAAAGAAACCCCGGUAGUCAAAAGCGAUUUCCUAGCAACUGUGGCCGUGAUGGAAAACUCUUCCUCUGGGGACAAGCCCUUUAUGUCAUCGCAAAACUCCUGGCUGAUGAGCUCGUCAGCCCCAAAGACCUCGACCCCGCCCAGCGCUACAUCCCUCUGCAGGAGCAGCGGAAUGUCAGCAUGAGGUUCUCCAACCAGGGCCCGCUGGAGAACGAUUUGGUGGUUCACGUGGCACUCGUGGCGGAAAGCCAACGGCUUCAAGUUUUUCUCAACACGUACGGUAUUCAGACUCAGACGCCUCAGCAGGCAGAACCCAUUCAGAUAUGGGCACAGCAGGAGCUUGUGAAAGCUUAUUUCCACCUGGGGAUCAAUGAGAAAUUGGGACUCUCCGGGAGGCCGGAUAGGCCCAUUGGCUGCCUCGGGACCUCGAAGAUUUAUCGCAUCCUGGGAAAGACCGUGGUUUGCUACCCUAUCAUCUUCGACCUGAGUGAUUUUUACAUGUCUCAAGACGUUUUACUGCUGAUAGAUGACAUAAAGAAUGCGCUGCAGUUCAUUAAGCAGUACUGGAAGAUGCACGGGCGCCCGCUUUUCCUCGUUCUCAUCCGGGAGGACAACAUAAGAGGCAGCCGAUUCAGCCCCAUACUAGACAUGCUGGCAUCCUUUAAAAAAGGCAUGGUCGGAGGGGUCAAGGUCCACGCUGACCGCCUGCAGACCCUGAUAUCCGGAGCCGUGGUCGAACAGCUUGACUUCCUCCGAAUCAGCGACACGGAAGAGCUUCCAGAAUUUAAGAGUUUUGAGGAGCUGGAGCUCCCCAAACAUUCAAAAGUCAAACGACAAAGCAGCGCCUCCAACAGCCCUGAGCUGGAGCAGCAGCCGGAUGUCACCAUGGCUGAGUGGAAAAGCCGGCCGACCCAUGAGAUUCUUCAAAAACUGCAGGAGUGCAGUUGCCUGUGCGGCCAGGUCAUCCUGCUGGGCAUCCUGCUCAAGAGAGAGGGCCCCAACUUCAUCACCAAGGAAGGUACCGUUUCUGACCACAUCGAGAGAGUCUACAGAAAAGCUGGCAGCAAGAAGCUGUGGUCGGUGGUGCGCCGCGCGGCAAGCCUCUUAAGUAAAGUAGUGGACAGCCUGGCCCCAUCCAUUACUAACGUUUUAGUGCAGGGCAAACAGGUGACCCUGGGUGCCUUUGGCCAUGAGGAGCAGGUGAUCUCCAACCCUUUGUCCCCAAGAGUGAUUAAGAACAUCAUCUACUACAAGUGCAAUGCCCACGACGAGAGGGAGGCGGUCAUCCAGCAGGAGCUGGUCAUCCACAUCGGCUGGGUCAUCGCCAACAGCCCCGAGCUGUUCACAGGCAUGCUGAAGAUCCGCAUCGGGUGGAUCAUCCACGCCAUGGAGCACGAGCUGCGGAUCCGCAGCGGGGACAAGCCAGCCACAGACUUAUGUCAGCUGUCACCCAGUGAGGUCAAACGGCUUCUGUUGGACGUUCUCCAGCCUCAGCAGAACGGAAGGUCUUGGCUGGACCGGCGUCAGAUCAACGGGUCUCUGAACAGAACCCCAGCCGGGUUCUACGACCGAGUGUGGCAGAUCCUGGAGCGCACGCCCAAUGGCCUCGUGGUGGCUGGGAGGCACCUGCCGCAGCAGCCGACCCUGUCCGACAUGACCAUGUACGAGAUGAACUUCUCGCUGCUCGUCGAGGACAUGCUGGGGAACAUCGACCAGCCGAAGUACAGGCAGAUCGUCGUGGAGUUGCUAAUGGUCGUGUCCGUCGUGCUGGAGAGAAACCCGGAGCUAGAAUUUCAGGACAAGGUCGAUCUGGACAAACUGGUGAAAGCAGCAUUUCAUGAAUUUCAAAAAGACGAGAGUCGACUGAAGGAGGCUGAAAAACAAGAUGACAUGACUUCCUUCUACAACACUCCCCCGCUGGGAACACGGGGGACGUGCAGCUACCUGACCAAGGUCGUGAUGAAUUUGCUGCUGGAAGGCGAGGUCAAGCCGAACAGUGAUGACCCGUGCCUGGUUAGCUAGUGAGGACAGUGUCAGCGGCUCCGCCGGGACGCGUUUUUUAGAAGUGUGUUACGUUUGGCGUCGAAGCUUACUCCAGGCGGCCACUAGUGGGUGGGCUGAUCAUGCUGGCGAGGCGGUCCUCUCGCCUUUGAUAAAGUCACCGGGCGUCUUGCCUGCCGUCGGCAAUCUCAUGGUACGGCAUGCUUUUAAUCAAGCAAGAAAAAGUUCUCGUGUUUAUACCAACUACGGUAAUAAUGUUUACUGGAUGAUAGGAAUAGUUUAUGAGUUGAAAGUUCACCACUGCAUGUUUAAUGAUCAAAUAUUUCAUCAGAAGAAAUCAUGGCUUUUUGGACUAAAUCGCCCCCCCUUACUGCCAUUACAAUGAAUUUGCCGCAUAGCAGUGCAUGCUGGGAAUGACAGAUCGUGGAGAAUGGUGAGCUGUUUUAGUGACAUUGCCAUGCCAGAACAUAUAAUGUGCAUCAUAGAAGCAAAAUCAGCCAGCUGAUAUUUUGAUUCUCAGAAACUGCACUAUUGGUAAUAUUUUAGUAUACAGAGCUAUUGUACAAUUUUUACCUUGUAAAUGUGCUUAUGGUUUUGUAUUUGUGUUAACUGUAGGGUUCAGACUAAAAUAUAGUAAUAAAUCUGAUGAAACACUUAUAAUACUUGUAUUACAAAUCCCGAUAAUACCUGAUCAAACAUUUUCUUUGAGUUCUUACUAAAAACAGGACAUGCGUAAGAUUAUUCAGACGUAUGGAUGGUUAAUCUAGUUUGUACUGGUAAAAACAAAAUGUUACUAAAUUAAUGGAUGCAUCUGGGCACAUGCUUCGUUCUCAUGUUCACAAUAUUGAGCUUAUUACUCCUGAAUAUUUUUAUUUAAUUGAUCUAGAGAUGGAACGGAAGAGAAUCUGUAGUACUUACCGUUACACAUGAUUUGCUACCAAAUUUACCUAAGCAAACUUUAAUAAAAAUAGAAAGUAGAUGAAACAUUUAAA